GCUUCAAGAAUGUCCCUCCUUGAGAACAAGAUCGUGGUCAUCACUGGCUCAAGUCGCGGUAUUGGCAGGGCCUGUGCCGUCAAGUCCGCGCAAUAUGGUGCAAAGGGUCUUGUUCUACACUAUCUAGGCGACAAGGAGACUGAAGAAGAGAUUCAAUCACUCACCACUGAGAUAUCUCGUAGCUCUCCCGGUGCCACCGUCGUUGCAGUACCCGGGGACAUUGCCGAUCCUUCCACCGCACGUAAUGUUGCGGACGUCGCCGUGAAGAAUUUUGGGCGGAUCGACAUGCUUGUUAGUAAUGCUGGCAUCUGUCCAUUUUCGGAAUUUUUGUCCAUGCCCCACAGCACUUGGGAAAGGACGCGUUCGGUCAACCUGGAUGGCUGUUUUUACAUGGUGCAAGCGGUUGGCAACGUCAUGAAGAAUCAGGAGCCUCAAGGCGGAUCGAUCAUUGGUAUAUCCUCGAUCUCCGCAUUGGUAGGCGGCGCCAUGCAAUGUCAUUAUACACCGACCAAGGCAGGUAUCAAUAGUUUGAUGCAAAGUUGCGCUGUUGCCCUCGGUAAAUACGGCAUUCGCUGCAACUCAGUUUUACCCGGUACAAUCGCCACCGAUAUCAACAAGGAGGACCUUUCUGACGCGGCCAAACGCGAGCAUAUGAUCUCCAGAACUUGCCUGGGGCGACUGGGCGAACCGGAUGAUUUGGCGGGACCUGUUGUCUUCCUUGGCAGUGAUUUGGCUAAAUACGUGACUGGUGCAUCGUUGCUCGUGGAUGGAGGUCUUUUUGUGAACCUUCAGUAGCUCUCGCGGAAUAUCCAAUUGCAUACGUUACUAA